AUGGACCUACCAUUUGUUCCAACUAUGAAGUUAUCAAAUAGUGAUGAGGCUAAGAAAGUUGAUGAAGGAUUUUAUAGGAGCUUGAUUGGUUGCCUAUUGUACUUGACAGCAACCAGACCAGACAUAAUGUAUGCCACAAGUUUGCUGUCCAGAUUUAUGAGUCAACCAACUGAGACUCAUUUCAAGAUUGCAAAAAGGGUGCUGAGAUAUGUAAAGGGCAGCACUGACUUUGGGGUAUGGUUCAAGAGAUCAAAAGACUUCAAAUUGGUUGGUUUUUCUGACAAUGACUGGGUUGGUUCAACAGAUGACAUGAGGAGCACUUUAGGGUAUGCAUUUUUUCUAAAUUGUGGUGCAAUUUACUGGCUUUCCAAAAAACAAGAAACCGUAGCUCAAUCCACAGCAGAAGCAGAGUAUUUUUCAGCUGCUAUUGCUAUGAAUCAAGCCAUUUGGCUGAGAAAGAUUCUUGAAGAUUUGAAGCUGAAGCAGGUCAAGCCUAUUGCCAUCAUGUGUGACAACCAAUUUGCUGUAGCAAUGGCCAAAAAUCCAGUGCAUCAUGGACGUACAAAGCACAUAAAAAUUAAGUUUCAUGCAGUGAGAGAGGCUGAGUAA